UCGUCUUCAAAGUCUGGAAAGUUAUGUUUUAAUUUAAUAAUGCACAUGUAAUUGUUUAUAAUAUUAUAUUAUAUAUAUAUUAUUGUUAUAAUAUCUGUGUCGUGAAAUAAAUAAUAAUGGAUGAAGCCUUUGCGCAUUUGGAAGGAAAUAAACAAGGGGAUGGAAAAAAGGCAACUGUUGCCCCAGAUGGGGGUUGGGGCUAUGUUGUGUGCAUUGGUGUUGGAUUUACAUUUAUGCUUGGGUUCGGCUCUUCCAAUGCCUUUGGAAUUCUCUUCAAUAGUUUUUUCAUGGAACAAGACGGUGCUAGUGGUCUUCCUCUAGUCAUAGGUGUAUAUAAUGGUGCCUUAUCAAUUGCAGGGUUUUUAAGCGGCAUAGCCCUUAAGAAGUAUUCGUUCAGACAAGUCGGGUUAGUCGGCGCUGGAUUGUUCGUCUUAGGAGAUAUACUGACAAUAUUUGUACAAAGGACAUAUCAACUAGUGUUCACAUUUGGAGUUAUACGAGGUGCUGGUUUCGGUGUUAUGAUACCAGUUAGUUUUACAGCAUUCAAUUGUUAUUUUACAAAGAAACGCACUGCCAUGAUGAGCGCCAACCAGACAAUGAGUAGCAUGGCAUCCAUCACGUUUCCAAUUCUAGUAACUUUUCUACUAGCGGAAUAUGGCUUUCGGUGGACGCUUGCGUUAGUAAUGGCUAUAGAUCUUCAUUUAUUAUUCGCAAUGAUUGUGAUGCAUCCAGUUGAAUGGCAUAUGAUUAAAGCGCCUGAAGUUAAAGAACUCUCAUCACAUUGUGACGUUAACAGUGUUAAAAAUAAAUCCGAGUCCUUUGACGAAGCUGUUAUAAAAAUGUUGCCAGAUGAUGACGUCAUUGAGAUUAAGAAAUCACCUCUCCGUCACGAGUCGAUCCAGAAAAGCAUUAUAAAAAUAAUAUAUGACAACGUAGAACUUGAUCUCCUAAAGGACCCAAAAUUCGUCAGUACCUUGGUGGGCCUUGGAUUUGCCUUCGUCUCAGAUGUCACCUACCUAGCCAUGGAACCGAUGCUCUUAUUCUCCUAUCAGUAUUCCAAGAUGCAAGUCGCAACAUGUGUAAUGGCUGGGGCGAUUGCUGAUUUGGCUGCUCGAUUUUUCCUCGCAGUAUUCACUUAUUUCUACACUGUCGACAGUAGGAAGGUUUUCUUUGUGGGCACAUUUAUAACGAUGAUUUUAAGAAUUGUUCUCAUACUGUCAGAUAAUAUAACGUAUGUCUUCGCGAUAACGAUAAUAUCUGGCCUCGUGAGGUGUUCUGUCCAAGUGCUGUUUCCACUUGUGCUGGUAACAGCUGCUCCUGACAGAUUUCCAGCAGCUCUAGCCCUCCACAUACUAUUCUCUGGAUGUCUCAUGUUGAUGGCGGAUCCUAUGAUAGGUGUAAUAUACGAAGCAACGGGGAGUUACGUGAACUGUUUCAUAGCAAUGAGUUUUUGCUGUUUAGUGUGUAUUGUUUUAUGGACUGUUGAGUAUUUUGUCUAUCGUAAGAAAGCGUAAUGGUGACAAAAAUCAGGAAGGAAAUGAUUUUAAACUUUUUUAUUUGUGUAGUUUGUAUAUGCUUAUUUAAUAUUUUCUUAAUACGUUUAAAUCAUAGUUAAAGCCCGACCAAUAAAAUAAAAACCCUGCUCGGGCUAAAUUACCUUUGAUGAUAGCAACACUAAGUUAGUCAAACACUUGCAAAUUGACAUUUAACACAUCCACAGAGUCCUUUAGACUUUAUUUCCAACAAACCCUUUAUAUAAAUAACAUUCCAUAACUGGCUUUUAAUAUUUUUCGGCAUAACUCUUAUAACUCAUAAUAUCCAUGAAUUAGAGCACGAUUCGAAUCGACACCACACCACACUUUGACAGAUGAC